UGCCCGCGGCAGCCGGAGGAGCGGGACUGGGGGCAGCGGCGCGAGCAGCGCGGGGAUGUCGUCCUUGUGGCCGCUGAGGGACGGCCGGUGGAGACGCGUUUUCCCCAGGCAGAGCUCGCUCUACCAGCCCACCGUCCUCAACCCCUUCAUCUACCACGUCCGCCUCGGCUUCACCGACAAGUUGCGGAUAGUUCUGGCCAGCAUUACCCUUCUACCCUUGCGUGUUGUCUGUAUUAUUGUCCUUGCUAUAUUUGCUUGGCCAUGCUCACUUUUUGGUCGACUCUGCCAUUACACCUAUGGAAAUCGGGAGCCAUUUCCAAGCUGGAAACGCCGUGUUUCGCAAGUUAUGUUGAAAGUCGUGGGACGUGCCUUUUACUUUUGUGUGGGUUUCAUACAAAUUAAAGUGAAGGGGAAGAGAGCUGAAGCAACUGAGGCACCAAUUCUUGUUGUUGCUCCUCACUCAACCUUCUUUGAUGCAAUUGUGAAUAUCGUGGCCGACAUACCAUCAAUUGUCUCGCGAGCUGAGAAUGCUGAUGUACCUUUGAUAGGAUCUUUUCUCCACUGUGUUCAACCUAUAUUGGUGUCUCGUAAUGAGACAGAUUCUAGAAAGAAUACUAUUGAAGAAAUUACAAAACGUGCAACAUCCAAAGGGAAAUGGCCCCAGCUUAUGAUUUUUCCAGAAGGGACCUGUACAAAUCGAGCCUGCCUCAUCACUUUCAAAUCAGGUGCUUUUAUUCCAGGAGUUCCUGUUCAGCCGGUACUCAUUCGAUACCCAAAUAGACUGGACACCGUUACUUGGACAUGGCAAGGACACUCUGCGUCAAUGCUUACGUUCCUGACAUUAUGUCAACCAUACACAAAUGUGGAAAUUGAGUUUUUGCCAGUGUAUGUGCCGAAUGCUGAAGAACGUAGUGAUCCCUUCCUGUACGCCAACAGAGUUCGUAGCACUAUGGCAACGGAAUUGGAUGUGCCAAUGACUGACCACACGUUUGAAGAUUGCAGAUUGAUGAUUUCAGCAGGUGAACUGACUUUGCCCAUGGAAGCUGGCUUAGUGGAGUUUACCAAAAUUAGCAGAAAACUCAAUCUGAAAUGGGACAAUGUAAGAAAACAACUCGACUGUUUUGCUACAAUUGCCAGUAAAUCCAAAGGGGGAAGGAUUGGUAUUGAAGAAUUUGCGGAACAUUUGAAACUGCCAAUUUCGCCUCCACUUAGAGAGGUGUUUGCUCUUUUUGAUCGAAAUGGGGAUGGCACCAUAGAUUUCAGAGAAUAUGUGAUUGGUCUGGUGAUUCUUUGUAGUCCUGCCAACACAGAGGAGACGGUUCAGUUUGCAUUUAAGAUGUUUGACAUCGACGAAGAUGGAUAUAUAACUGAAGACGAGUUCUCUUCUCUCUUGCGAUCUGCAUUCAGUCUACAUGAUCUUGAUGUUUCUCAAUUGUUCAAAACAAUCGACGUAAAUGGUGAUGGAAAAAUUUCAUAUGAAAUAUUCCGCGAGUUCGCUCUGACACACCCGGAGUAUGCCAAGUUGUUUACUACAUACCUAGACCUUCAACGUUAUAAGGCAUGGCAGUCAAUAACAGAUGAUGAAAUGGAUCUGGAAAAACCACACAAAGUGGCACCAAGCAUUUGUGAAGAUAGCUGUGAAAGCUCUGACAAAAAAGAGGACUGAGCUUGAAUUACUGUGUUAUUCCAAAGAAGAGUUACUUUCAUAUCCAGGCAGAAUUGUUGGAGUCUUAGAGUGAAAUCCGCUAGCUUUUUUUUUGUUAACAUAUAAAGGCAUUGUGUGCUAUGAUGCUUCAUACUGUUUAUAUAUUGAUUUUUUUUUUUAAACAAAUGUCCAUAAAAUGACCCAAAUUUAUUCUGGGCAUUUUAAUUUUGUUGAAUUUAAAUGAAAAACAAACCAGAAUUUUAUACAUUAUUUUUUAACAAAUUCCAAAGUGUUUCAGCCAGUAAAUAAAUGCUGAAAUAAAUGCUGGGUAGGAAUUAGGAAAAGUAAUGAAAGGCUUUGCCAACAUUUUGGAAGGUGUUUAGAGGUGGGAGGUAAAGCAAGGUGUUUCAGGAGGGUGUUACUGUUUAGUGCAGUGGCAAUGUGAGGCAUUCCUAGUGACCAACAGUAGAUGGGAUGAGCCAAUAUAAAAAUUAAAUAUUCUUACUGCUGAGCUUUGGCAAACUUGCAGCAUUUUUAUGACUUAAAACAAGUCCAGAUUGUAUACCAAGAAUAAAAGUAGGCCUGGCUAAGUCAAGUGAAAGGUGUACAUAUUUUACUCUGAUGUUUUAAUUUGAUAGGAUUUCAGUUGGAAUGAUAUUGUGCCUUUAACAUUGCAAAAAAAAGUCAAAUUACUGUAGGUAAAUGACACAAAUGAGUAAUAAACUAAUUUCAAUGCAGGUUUAAAGUCGACUGUCAAGGUCAGAAGUAUUUCUAAUAGUGGCUUUUGAUAUGUAUUGCCAGCUGUUUCUGUUCUACGCCAUAUUAUUUUGGAUUGAAAACUAAAAAGAUAAACUAGAUGUAGUUAACUUCUAUUUUCAUAUCGGCCACACUUUUAGAUUCAUCCAGAAAAGAAAUGUCAGGCAUAGCCGGCACUUUGUUGUCUGACACUUUUUCAACAUAAUUACCUUCAUGGAUGGAGGUAAUUUCAAAGCACAGGCAAGGGUGGGGACAGGAGAAAUGGAGGUAAGAGGAGUCUUCUGUCAAAAAGCUGUUCAAAUCCAGAGAGUACUGCAACUAACGACUUCUACAUCUGCAUACAUCUUCAGCCUGGCUCUCACAAAAGCUGCCAAAAGUCAGAUCACUGGCAUAUUUAUUUUUUCCAAUGUGCAUAGAGCUACUAAACUUGAUUGCUGGUCUUACCGAGAUCAGUAAACUGAUCAGAAAUAGUGAAGUUUCCAAGAACUGCUAGUCCAUCUGAAUUAACACUGCAGCACAGAAUCUGUACAUCACCACACCAUGAAGAAAAUUGAUUUUUCUUAAUUGAAAAGUUUUAUAAAGAAGAUUAUUUUUGUUGAUUCAUUGCUUUCCUUAUCGCAGUGUCAUUUGGAGAAUCUCCAAAAUCUAACCCUCAAAGAUACUGAUUGACAAAGCUAUCCCAUAGUGUUUACCAUAUUUGACUUGACUCAUUGACUUUUAAAAUAGUCUCAGAUUUAGAACACGCUUUCUCUCGUGUGGAUACUAGUCACAAUAUCAUUGAACGCCAACUGGGCUGCUAGAUUCUCCAAGUAACUGCAUCUCCAAAAAUAUUUGGGUAAACAGUUGAUCUGUAAGUCACGAGAAGUCUCGUACACAUAGCUAUUAUCUCAAGUCUGUGCUGACUAGGAGAAGAAUUAUUAAAGGGCAGGGAAAAAUAAAACAUUUUGAAGCAAGGGGAGUUUUAACAUUCAAACCAUUUAUCUUAUCAACAUUUAUUUUCCCUUAUGUUUUUAAUCUUGAAGAAAUGUUGAGUGAACUUUUCACAUUGGUCAAAAUGCUUUUGUAAUUUGGAUACUUGAUUCAAUCAAGCUCAAUUGACUGUCCCAGUUUUUGAAGGGAAAAGUGUGGCAAAAGCAGAUUGUAUCUCUACUUCAAUUCUAAAUUGCAAAGUAUCAAUGGGAAAGGUUCGUAUGUGAUGUUGAAUCUAUAUAAUUAACAAGGGGAGUUUUCAAGGAAUGCAACAAUAUUAAAUGAUGCAUAAUGGACUAUUUUUUACCAAAGAAAGGAAGACUUCUUACUGGAAACGUUAACACAGCUAAUGACUUUAGAUGAUUUUACCAUGCUUUUAAGUGUGAUGUCGUUGCUUUGUACAUAUUUAAAGUUGAGGGAAAAUGCUAUAUUAUAUGAUUUUAAAUGUAAAUAAAUACUUUGAAUAUUUUACU